AUGUCCGUUACCAGAAGCCGGACGAUCCUGGGCGAGGAGGAAGGCGUGUCCGGGCAAGUCCCCGUUGAUGCCCUUUCAUGCCAUGGCUCUUGUAAUAGUCGACGAUCUAAGUCUAGCUUAGCUCGGGAUGUCAUGAUGAAGGCCCAACUCGACGAACAGACUAUAGUGAAGGAAUUUGAGUUAGAAGCUAUUGAACUGGAAGCUCGUAGAAAAAGAAUGCUACUUAAGGCCCAUAGAAACUCGGAAGAAGCGCGGCUUACAGUAGCAGCUGGGGAAGAGAGGGAGAGAAGACCGACUGAUGCCUCUGAGAUUGAUAAACUCUCUACUAUCAGUGACUAUGUCAAGGAUUGUCAGUCAAAGUGGCGUCCGCAAGAACAGUUACACUACGAGUAUCCGGCGGCGAAGAUCAAUGANAAAUCCGUUCUGACCGGAAAUUGA